CUUUACUAAACAAAUCCAAAAAAAUGUGUAACUAAUCCGAAUAAAAUGUUAGGUUACGGAUGUCAACUGAACUAGUUGAAUAGAGCGUAACGUAGACAGCUUUAGCAAACAUUCGGCCAACAAGUUGCGUCUGCGCGCCACUCCCUCCGAGAAGCUCCCUCUGACUGUGGGGGCACAGACGGGGCCUGCAGGCGGCGGCCACUGGGUGAGUGGAAGGAGGCUGAGUCACCCAAGAAACGGCACACGCGUAGGGAGAAGAGGCCGUUGGGCUUGGAACAGCCAGGUUUGGAUUUCCGGGAGUAUUUUUUUUCACCGUCAAGCGACGCAAAAUGCACCGAGCAAAGAGCGGCAAUGGCGGGGUCAGCCUGAUUGAGAUGAGCCCAUCAGACUCCUCUAAUGAUGACAUACAUGACUACCCUCAAGGUGACUUAUACAACACAGAACCCUUCCAACACAAUCAUGGGUGUCAUGACGUACGUGUGGAGACCUGUGAGUCUCUCAACACAAGCCUGGCCACCCUGGCCUCAUCUGACUGUAGCGACGGUUCUCAGAUGGAUGAUCACUCUUUUGAACAGAUCAGUUCCUUGACUGGGAUUGACAGACAGCAGCAGAGCAAAGACUCUGUGUUCUUCCGUGAUGGAGUACGUAGGAUUGAUUUCGUCUUGGCCUACACUCAUGAAGAAGAUUAUAAGAAAAUGGAAAAGAGGGCUGUGUACGAAGCCAACCUCAUGAAAGUUGGUUUGGAGCUGGAGAGGGAAGAUAAAUCUGAAUCAGAGGAUGGAAAUACCUACUUUGUGAAGAUCCACGCCCCGUGGGAAGCGUUGACCACCUACGCAGAUGUGCUAAAGAUCAAGGUCCCCUUUAAAGCCAAUGACAUCCAGAGCAAAGAAAAGAGGAUAAACUGUUGGGCCAACCCUUUCCAACUUCCCGAGCACAUCAUUCAUCCUGACCAAGACUACUUCACCGCUCCCUUUGACAAGACCAAGUCUGACUUCUUCCUCAUUGAUGAUACAGACACAUUCUUUUCCGAUGCCGUGCGCAACAGAAUAGUGUACUACAUCCUCUCCCGAUGUUCGUAUGUGAAUGACGAAUGUGAGAAAGACAAGAAAGGGAUCAAGCGGCUGCUGAACAACGGCACAUACAAUGGUGCCUUCCCGUUGCACGAUUGUAGGUAUUGGACAAGAUCAAAGGAUCCUAAUUGCCAAAGCGAAAGAUUCACUCUCUACAAACACUGGGCCACAUUCUCAUCUUUCUUCAAAGAGCAGCCCCUCAACCUCAUAAGGGAUUACUAUGGGGAGAAGAUUGGCAUUUAUUUUGCCUGGCUGGGCUUCUACACUGAGAUGUUGUUCAUUGCUGCAAUUGUCGGAACGCUUUGUUUCUUAUAUGGAUUUGCCACAUUUGAGGACAACGAGUGGAGUAAGGAAAUCUGUAGUGAACAAAUUGGAGGCAAAUUUGUGAUGUGUCCGCUGUGUGACAAGAAAUGUAACUACUGGAAACUCAACAUGAUAUGCAACUCGACAUGGCAAUCUCACCUGUUUGACAAUAACGCAACUGUGUUUUUUGCCAUAUUCAUGGGGAUUUGGGUGACAUUGUUCUUGGAGUUGUGGAAGAGGCGUCAGUCCCGUCUAGAGUACGAGUGGGAUCUGGUGGACUUUGAGGAGGAGCAACAGGGAUUGCAGCUCCGUCCGGAGUUUGAGAACAAGUGCACCUCACGCAAGAUGAAUCACAUCACUCAGGAAAUGGAGCCUUACUUACCAGUAACAAGCAAGUUUGCACGCGCAAUUUUGUCUGGAGCCACUGUCCUGUUUUGGCUGGGUCUAAUCAUUGCCUGCAUCAUUGGAGUGGUGGCGUACCGUCUGGCAGUAUACACCACCUUCGCCAGCAUCAUAAAAGAAAACCAGGUGGACAGUGCCUUCAUCACCCCGCAGUUGGCUACGUCUGUCACUGCCUCCUGCAUCAACUUCAUAUUAAUCAUGAUCCUCAACUUGAUGUAUGAUAAAGUGGCUGUUUGGCUGACUGACCUUGAAAUCCCAAAGACACAUGUGGAGUAUGAGAACAAGCUGACGUUCAAGAUGUUCCUCUUCCAGUUUGUCAACUACUACUCCUCCUGCUUCUACGUGGCGUUCUUUAAGGGCAAAUUUGUAGGCUACCCUGGAGGUUACAUUUACAUGUUUGGUGAAAGCAGCAAACUCAGGAAUGAAGAGUGCGAUGCUGGAGGCUGUUUGAUUGAGUUGACUACCCAGCUGGUUAUAGUGAUGACUGGUAAACAAGUGUGGGGCAACAUCCAGGAAACUCUGGUCCCGUGGUUAAAGAAUUGGUGGGCCAGUAGAGGAGCAAAAAGGCACCCGGAAAGUGUGUACUCUCGCUGGGAGCAGGACUAUGACCUGCAGAUCUUUGGAUCACUGGGACUCUUCGACGAGUACCUGGAAAUGGUGGUCCAGUUUGGUUUUAUCACACUGUUUGUGGCCUCCUUUCCUUUGGCACCCCUGCUGGCACUUAUGAACAACAUCAUUGAGAUUAGAGUGGAUGCCUGGAAGCUCACCACUCAGUUCAGACGCCCUGUGGCAUCCAAGGUUCACAGUAUCGGAGCAUGGGAGGAAAUUCUCAAUGGGAUCGCCAUCCUUUCUGUUGUAACCAAUGCAUUCAUUGUGGCCUUCACCUCUGAUAUGAUGAACCGAUUAGUGUACAUGUAUAGUUACCAACCUGAUGGUCUAAUAAGUAUGAAAGGCUACGUCGCCCACAGCUUGUCUAGCUUUAAGAUCUCAGAGAUUCCACUGGCCCACAGCCCCGACGAUGGGGAUAAUCCCAGCUGGUUCAACGAAAACAUCACAACCUGCUGGUACCAUGACUACCGCUACCCACCUGGCCAUGAGAAUCAGUAUACUCACACAAUACUAUUCUGGCAUGUUUUGGCUGCCAAACUGGCUUUCAUUAUCAUCAUGGAGCAUGUCGUCUUUACGAUUAAGUUUGUAGUCGCCUGGAUGAUUACUGACGUUCCCGCCGAUGUGAAGUUUCGGGUGAAGAGGGAGCGCUACCUGGUCCAGGAGUAUCUCCACCGCUACGAAGUGGACAAGCUGAAGAAUCAACUCAACCAAAUAAACGGCUUGCCCACAAAUGAGGUUUUGCCAGAGAGUCUCUAGCCCAAAAAGCUGUAGCUCACUCAGCUAGAUGUUCAACAGGAGACCACAGUGUGGCAUGCCUGCUUCAGGUCCAUUUGACCAUCCCCUUUUUUGCUGUUUUUCAUGACUCACACACACAGAGCCUUUACGAAGGAGCCUAAAGGUCUACUCAGUCAUCAGCUACCUGCUCUAAGCAUGUUGAAACCUACAACACUUGAAUAUACCUUUAUAUGUAUGGCCUGUGCUGUAAUUGACAAUUAUCACAUUUUUGCUGUAUGGAAGAAAAGCCAUGUACUUCAGAACUAUUUAUUUUAAAAAGACCAGAUACCUUAAUGUAUGUCACUCAUUAGUGUAUGUGCGGCUGGAUAAAUGACUCCCAAAAUAUUUAGCCAGAUUUGACAUUAAUGGCCCAUUCUACUAAAGGUUUGCGUGUACUUAAACACGUGCAAACUUGAUAUCACACGCGAAGCUGAUCUACUAAACGUCUGCGUAUAGGAUUACGUCUCUUAAAUUAGUAGAAUAAGGAGCACAAUCCAUUUAGUGUAUCUGGCUUCAUGAAUAUGCAGAAUAUACGCUGAUCACCACAACGCCAAAAAUACUGGGAGGAGAAGGUGCAAAUAUAAUUAUUCAAGACGAGCAAUGUGACUAUCAAGGCUGAUCGCUGUUCUGCUGGCACUGUUUUGCCUCGUUAUUUAGCACGUCUGAAAAGUAUGCAAACAUUACGCAAACGUCUGUGAGAAAAGAGGUGCAAAGACAAUAGACAGUGAAUGCUCCGCCCUAAGUAUGUAUGUCAAAAAUAUUUGGACUGUCAGAAAUAAAAAUAUUAGAAAUAUUGUUCAUUCAGCAAUAUCACUUUAUAAAUGUAUAGCUGCUGGAUGACUUAAGGGGCUGAUUAAAACAGAUUUAAUGAUGCGUUUGAGUGUCUGCUGGCGUUUUUUAAUGCCAUUAGUUUUUUCAUUUAGGAAAUAUAUUAUUAUACUCUCCUAUAUGAAAAAACGUCUUUCAAUAAGCAUUUACUUGCAUUUUGGAUCAUUCCAGACUUGUGAACGUGCUUUUGUUGUGAUGGUCCACUGAGCACAAUAACAUGAGUGUGGAGGGUACAGAAUGCCAGUAGGACACGCAAAACCUGCAUUUAAAUAAGGCGCUUUGAACCACUUUUUAAGAGUGCGCACAGUCUUUGUAGAUCACACGCAACACGCCCUCUAGUAGUACACGCAAUUUUAUAGUUUGCACACAUUGUUUAGUGAGUGGUAUUUAGAUCAUAGUAGAUCAGGCCCUUACUCCGUUAAUGUGCACAAAUAUACAACCCAUGCCAGCUUUUAUAUCUAUGUGUUGGUUCAAUUUACAGUGCAUCCGGAAAGUAUUCACAGCGCUUCACUUUUUCAACAUUUUGUUAUGUUAGUUUUAUUUCAAAAUUUAAUAAUUAUAUUUUGUCCUCAAAAUUCCACAGACAUUCCCCAUAAUAACAAUGUGAUUUAUUUAUCUAUUUUUUAUUUAGCAAAUGUAUUGAAAAGUAAAACAACUCCAAAAAAAAAAAAAUCACAUGUACGUAAGUAUUCACAGCAUUUACUCAAUAGUCUGUUGAUGCACCUUUGGCAGCAAUUAUGGCCUAGAGUCUUUUUGGAUACCUAUCUUUGUGCAGUUUCACCCAUUCCUCUUUGCAGCACCUCUCAAGCUCCACAGGUUGGAUGGGAAGCGUUGGUUUUUAUUCAGGAUGUCUCUGUACGCCACUGUAUUCAUCUUUCCCUCUAUUUUGAGUAGUCUACCAGUUCCUGUUGCUGAACAACAUCCCCACAGCAUGAUGCUGCCACCACCGUGCUUCACUGUAGGGAUGGUAUUGGCCUGGUGAUGAGCGGUGUCUGGUUUCCUCCAAACAUGAUGCCUGGCAUUCAUGCCAAAAAGUUCAAUCUUUGUCUUAUCAGACCAAAGAAUUUUGAUUCUCAUUGUCUGAGAGUCUUUCAGGUGCCUUGUAGCAGAUUUUUACAAAGAAAUGGCUUGUGUCUGGCCACUAUACCAUACAAGCCUGAUUGGUGGAUUACUGCAGAGAUGGUUGUCCUUCUGUCAUGUUGUCCUCUCUCCACAGAAGAAUGCUGUAGCUCUGACAAAGUGACCAUUGAGUUGUUGGUUAGACUAAGAUGAAUGCAACAAUGUACAGAGACAUCCUGAAUGACAACCAACACUUCCCAUCCAACCUGAUGGAGCUUGAGAGGUGCUGCAAAAAAGGAAUGGGCUAAACUGCCCAAAGAUAGGUGAGCCAAACUUGUGGCAUAGUAUUCAAAAAGACUUGAGGCUGUAAUUGCUGCCAAAGGUGCUACAACAAUGUAUUGAGCAAACGCUGUGAAUACUUGUGUGUUUUUUUAAUUGGAUUAAAUUUGCAAGCAUUUCAUUAAAAACUGUUUCACAUUGUCAUUAUGGGCUAUAUUGUCUGUAGAAUUUUGAGGACAAACAUGAAUUUAUUCCAUUUUGGAAUAAGACUAACAUAAAAUGUGAAAAUGAGUGAAGCGCUGUGAAUACUUUCCGGAUGCACUGUAUCCAAUUGAAUAUACUGUAUGUCAAGUUGUAGGUGUAGGGCAAAACUAUUGUCUAACUCAGUGGUUGUUAAACUUGUUGGAGAUACCGAACCCCACCACUUUCAUAUGCGCUUUAGUGAAAAAUAAAAUGUUUAGUUUUUUUCAAAUUCAAGACAAGAAUUAUACAUUUUUAUACUGGUACACAAAAUGAAGCGUGCAUGAACAUCACUUUGUUCAAAGAACAAAACCAACACAGUGCAUAAACUCACAACAAAUGACACAUCUGCAAAUCAGAUGGACAAUUAGAAGGAACACAGUUUGGGGGUAUCCAUAAUACGUCGAUAGGGAGAAGUUGUUAUUUACACGAUGAGUGGAGGGUGUCUUGACCUCCGCGGUGGAGGCUCCGCUGAACCCCUGAGGCCGACUCACCGAACCCCUAGGGUUGGAUCGAACCCAGGUUAAGAACCACUGGUCUAACUAUAAGAAACUGAAAAUAGUGCCUUUAAAUAGCUCAAUGCCUUUUUUUAGUCUGCCGCUAUUAUCACGGUGUUUUUUUCCCCCCUGGCACCGACGGGUCAUCUAAGCACCGACAGUUGACAAGUGAAAGCUCUGAGAGCAAAGAGAUUCUUAUUUAAUGCUCUUCUGUUUAGCAACAUGUCGGAGCUAAUGAAAGCUGCUCGCCCUUUUACUCCACAACUUCAACAUUACACAUCAGCCAUGUGCAGGGAAGGAAACAUAUAUGCUUUUUAAUUGUUUUUUUAAUUUAAUUUGCACAAUGCACUUGAUAAAAACCAAGUCUAAAGCAUGCCAGUCAAGCUGUUGUCAUGACGACACAGCAUCUACUAGAGUGUUUUGUAGCAGCAAUGUGACAAUCUGUUCUUUGUGGGAUGAGGAGUUUCACGGUUUUUGUACUAUGAAGGAUAUUUUAAUUUUAUAAGGCUAAACAGAACAAAGUAUUUAAAAUGUAUGAUUUAUUUAGUCAGUAAAUCAUAUAAUGUUUAUUAUCUGUUGAAUUAUUUACAUGGUAUAUACCUGAUUUUUUUUUUUACAGUGUUAGCAAACAAAGUGAACCUAUUUGCAAUAUAGUCAUUUGGUUUUGUAUUUUGUCAUCAUUUCCUGUAAAUAUGACAAUAAAGUACAGUCCA